GUCGCAGUGCAGUCAAGUGAAAAAGUAGUGGUGGAACGUGUAUCCUUAUGACUUCAAUAACCACUGAUUUUCCAAAUUAGAACUGGCACUCGAGCCGUAUUUAUAGUAUACGAAGGGAUUAUAGUAAUUCCGAAGAAGAAAUACCUUCUGAUUUUCUGACCGUGUACUUCAACAUGGCUUACUCGGGUGCAAAUUUUGGUUCAACGCAAGGUGCUCUCCAGAUCAAUCCAGAGGUACAGCAGUGGUUCACAGCGGUGGAUCGGGAUCGAAGCGGUCGAAUAUCUGCCACCGAACUUAAGAGCGCGUUGGCUAAUGGACAAGGAAGGAGCUUUUCUGAUACUGCUUGCAAACUUAUGAUCGGAAUGUUUGACAAGGAUAAAAGAGGAACGAUAGAUGUAGAAGAAUUUCAAGCUCUCUUUAAUUAUGUGAAUGCCUGGCUAGGUGUGUUUCGUGGUUUUGAUCAUGACAAUUCUGGGAGUAUCCAAGAAAAUGAGUUGUCAGCUGCAUUAACGCAGAUGGGUUAUAGAUUCAGUCCUGAGUUUAUAAAAUUCCUUAUAAAGAAGAGCGACUUCAAUCAACAUGAAUCAAUAAGUGUUGACCAGUUCAUUGUCGUCUGUGUGCAGAUUCAGAGGUUUACUGAGGCUUUUCGACAAAGAGAUUCUGCUCAGACUGGAACAAUAUCCAUCGCCUUUGAAGACUUUCUAAGUGUAGCACUAUCCUGCAAUGUUUAGUUCAUGUUUGAUGAUACUUCAGAGGUUUAAUUUCAUUACACUUGCCUUUUUGAAGCCUAAGCUCGACAAUAUGUUAUUUGUGUGAGACACAAAGAGUUUUUAAUCAUGUGCAAAGAUCAUAGGAAAUAGUAUUAUUGUUAUCUUUAUUAUUAAUAUCAUUUUAUCUGGUAGCGAUAUAUAGUAUAACAAAUAUUUGUUAUAGAAUUACUCCAAUUCAUGUUUUUAGAUAUGUUGUUUGCAUGCUCUGUUUCAUGGAAACAGCGCAGUAUCAGAAUACCGAAAAAAUUUCACUCUAGUAACUUUUUAGCACUGUUACGAAUUUCCAAAAAUUUGGAAUAAUCUUACAAACACUUUUGCCCUUCAAUUGGAAUCUAAGUUUAAACAUUUUUUUAGACUGUAAUUUUUAUGGUUCUUUUGAAUAAAAGUGAACACCGAAAAAUAAAUUCAUUUCAACAUGA